AUGACUUAUAUAAAAGAUGAGGAGCUGAUAGAUGGCCUCUACAACUUCUUGGAUGAAGUGCUGUCAAGAGCUGUAGGCACUUUUGAGAGAAUUGACAGAGUUCACAUCAUUCUGGAUGUGCUGAUGCCAGAGGCUCUUAUUAAUGUUAUACGGACAGUUGAGGGGAUUUCUCUGCCAGAGGCAGAAAAUCUGUUCAUAGAUGGACCAGCAUACAGUGAGUGGAGGAACAGGAUGAGCACUGCCAGAGCCUAUAAAAUGACCACCAGCAAGCAGGACAGUGGUAUGAAUGUCUCUGACCAAACAAUCACAAACAGACUUGAGGAGGGUGACCUGAAGGUGGCCCCACAUCCUCUAUUUAAAAUGAAGUUUCGGUUCUUCCAACAACAAAACUUUGUACGAUUUGGCAGAGAAAAAGCAAAAGCUGCUGUUUACUGGAACAUCUCAAUGGUUGUGAAACGGGACACCUGUGAUGUGGACGCAAAUAUCAAGAAAACUGUAAAUAUUAAGGAGGAGGACUAUGAGUGGGAGUCCAUCUUCCUUAAACAGGAAAGUCUGAGCAUCAAGGAGGAGGACAGUGAACUGAAGCCAGUGAGCACUAAAGAAGAACCUGAAGAGAAUUCUGUCAGUAUUGAGACACAUAACCAUACAAAUAUAGACAGUGAAAAAAAAGACAACCUUCAAGAUCAAGUGGUUGCCAGGUUAGACUCUUCUCAUAGCAAACACUGUUCAUCUCCAGAGCCUUCUAUUAAUAUGAAAUCUGAAUCAUUAGAGUCUGAACCAAAGAGGGCUGUGGAAACUACAUCUGUUAGAGCUCAGAAAAAUAAGCGAUCACCUUCAAAGAAGUCUGGAAAAAGAAAGGAAGAUAACUGCAGUGUUGAAUGUGGCAGAGAAUUCUGUAACAGGAGUGCCCUUCAGAAACACAUGAGAGUUCACACCAGAGAGAAGCCAUAUUGCUGUAAUGAAUGUGGUAAACAGUUUUCACAAAUAGGCCAUCUACAGAAACACACAAGAGUUCACACCGGAGAGAAGCCAUAUUGCUGUAAUGAAUGUGGUAAACAGUUUUCACGCAUUGGCAGUCUACAGAAACACACGAGAGUUCACACUGGAGAGAAGCCAUAUUGCUGUAAUGAAUGUGGUAAACAGUUUUCACAUAUAAGCAGUCUACAGAAACACACGAGAGUUCACACUGGAGAGAAGCCAUAUUGCUGUAAUGAAUGUGGUAAACAGUUUUCAGUGAUGGGCAGUCUUCAGAGACACAUGAGAGUUCACAACAAAAUAAAAAACAGUAGCAGUUCUAAAAUCAGUCCAGAAAAACAAGAACCUUUCAGGACUCGAGAGUGAGGUGAGGUCCUGUCCUGAAAAGUAACCAAAAUAAACUAUUGUUAAGAAAUGAAUCUCAAACAGAAGCCAUAUUGAUGUUUGGAAUGUGGCAAACAAAUCUGUCAGAGCAGUACACUUCAGAGAUGCACCAGAAUUCCCACCGGAGAGAAGUACAACUGAACUGUCCUGACUAAAGAGUGAGGUUCACUCCUGCCUGCACAGUAAGCACAUGUAACUGACACAAAUCCAUCCUACUUAGUGUUGUGUCAAAAACUAAUCAACAUGGAGGAGACAUAGCAGUUUAUAUCCUUUUUCCUUUUCCAGAAAUAAAAUAAAGAACAGGGCGUCAUACUAACUUCUCACCAAAGCCCCUACAGCCUCCACCAUGCGCCUAGCUCUGUUUUCAUAACAUACGUAUUACAUAUAGAACUAUUUACAAUAUUUUAUACACAUUUCAUCAGAAAAAAGAAAAAAAAAAAACACUUUACAAUAUGCAUGGCCUCACACAAUAAAUAAUAGUUUAGCUCUAUAAUAUUAUACAUUUUGCUGUUUUAAUAUAACAGAAAAUGUAAAAACUUACCUUAACAAAAUCAAAAAAAAAAAAAAAAUAGAAUAGGGUUUCAUACAAACAGCUUCUCGCCAAUGCUUAUUAAAUAAUAAAUCAAAUCACUACUAACAUCAUUACUAAAAGUAGAAAAGGCAUGGAGAGAGCAGACUUACCUGUACAGCAUCCACCAUCGCCUGAGGGUGCCUGGUGUCUGUGGGGAGUCACAUUAAUUAGCAUCUGUACUCCAAAAUAUGACAGUAAGUUUACACAAACAAUUGCUUUUUGGAAAAUUCAUACCUAAAAGAUACAAAAAAAUUAAAAAGACAGAAUACACUUUGCUACACAUAUUGCCAUAUUGCAGUACUGUAUGUGGCCAACGAUUAUCACAAAUCCAAGUCUUCUGGGCCAGAAAAGAAUUCAGACUGGGUGCCACCUCCAGAAAUGGGCUUCGUUGGAGAAGAUCUACGCUGGUGGCUAUCAACCCUUUUUCAUGGCAUACCACCCCAAAAAUAUAAAUGUUCUGAAAUACCUGCAUUUUAUUUUGGUGUUAAAUUGUUAAUUACUGAACUGUUAUUAC